AACAUGGAGUGAGAGAAUCGAGUUUCCUUCAGGAAUGAACUCCUGACGACUGGGUGAGAGAGCGAGAGAGAGAGACAGACGUCUGUCGCCAUGAUGGAACCACCAGUUACGAGCAAGGUCCUGCGGGCUCCUAGCCUAAAAAGAGGUCAGGAGAACGUCAGGAUUCAGGACAGGAUCAAACUGGAACGCGUUCUCGGCGUGACGGUGUCGAGCAACGCAGCCCUGGACUGCGACGCGACCAGCGAGUUGGUCGCCUAUCCCGCCGGUUGCACCGUGGUUUUGUUCAAUCCACGAAAGAACACUCAGGCGCACGUGUUAAAUGCUUGCCGGAAAACGGUGACCUCUCUGGCCCUCGCCGGCGAUGGAAGAUUUCUGGCGACCGGGGAGUGCGGUCACAUGCCGAACGUUCGCGUCUGGGACAUCUCCGACCCGUACAACGCCGUACAGUUCGCUGAAUUUUCCGGACACAAGUAUGGCAUCAACUGCGUGGCAUUUUCGCCGAGCAACAAGUACGUGGUGUCCGUGGGCUCUCAGCACGAUAUGAUCGUCAACGUCUGGGACUGGAGGAACAAUGUUAAAGUGGCGUCGAACAAAGUCUCGAGCAAGGUGAAGGCUGUCUGUUUCGCGGAGAACGGCAACUACUUCGUCACCGUCGGCAACAGGCACGUCAAGUUUUGGUACCUCGAGUAUUCGCGCAGCGCCAAGUACAAGGAACCUGUGCCUUUGAUGGGUCGGUCCGCCAUAUUAGGAGAGCAGAGGAACAAUGAUUUCGUGGACGUAGCCUGCGGCCGAGGCGAAAUGGCCGAUUCGACGUACGCGAUCACCAAAACGGGCCUUCUAUGCGAAUUUAAUAACAGGAGACUCUUGGACAAAUGGGUGGAGCUUCGCACUACCAGUGCCAAUUGCAUGGCCGUCGGGGACAAAUACAUCUUCAUCGGCUGCGCGGAGGGGAUCGUCAGAUGCUUCAGUCCCAGCACGCUUCAGUUCAUCACCACGUUGCCCAGAACGCAUUAUCUAGGGGUGGACGUUGCCCAGGGAUUGUCCAUUAGUCACAUGUCUCAGCAUCCAACGAACGCGAGGUACCCGGACGCGAUCGCGCUGGCGUUCGACGAGCGAAACAACAAGCUCACCUGCGUUUACAACGAUCACAGCAUCUACGUGUGGGACGUGCGAGACAUUAGGCGAGUGGGCAAGUCGCAUUCGUUCCUCUAUCACUCGGCGUGCAUCUGGGGCGUGGACAUGUACCCAACGGGGUCGGACUCGAUGGGCAGCAUGCCGGCCGGCAGCUUCAUCACCUGCUCCAGCGACGACACGAUCCGCGUGUGGAAUCUCGAGAAGGACAUCACGCCGUGCGACACGCUCUACAAGCGAAACAUCUACAGCAACGAGCUGCUCAAGGUCCUCUACAUAGACCCGGAGCUGACGUACCUGAAGGACGUGGAUCUGGCCGCCGCCGGCUCGACCGAGAAGAGCGACGCCUCGUACGACGGCCGAAACGGUGUCAGAUCGAUCCGAGUCAGCCCGGACGGGAAACACCUGGCGUCCGGCGACCGUUCCGGCAACAUUCGAAUUCACGAUCUCUCCUCGUUGGAGGAGUUGUGCUUGAUCGAGGCGCACGACGCGGAAGUGCUUUGCCUGGAGUACUCCAAGUUCACCCGGUACUCGACCGAACCGCCGAGGCUACUGGCCAGUGCCUCCAGGGACAGGCUGAUCCACGUGUUCAGCGUCGAUCAAGGAUACAACUUUCUGCAAACGCUGGACGAUCAUAGCUCUUCCAUUACUGCCGUUAGGUUCUUCAAUCAGAGCAAUCAGAGCAAUCAGAUACAAAUGGUCUCCUGCGGUGCCGAUAAAAGUAUUAUUUUCCGACAGCUGCAAUCGACGCCGGGGGGCAUGCCGCAAUUCGCCAGGGGUCACAACGCUCAGGGAAAAACCACAUUGUACGAUAUGGAGGUCGAUUCCGGGCAGAAACACGUCCUGACUGCCUGUCAGGAUAGGAACAUAAGGGUUUACAACGUAACCACCGGUAAACACAGCAAAACGUUCAAGGGAUCCGUCGGAGAAGACGGAUCGCUCAUCAAAGUUGUUCUAGACGCAUCGGGAAUCUACGUAGCUACCUCCUGCACGGAUAAGACGUUGUGCGUGUACGAUUAUUACAGCGGUGAAUGUAUGGCCACGAUGCUCGGCCACUCGGAAUUGGUGACGGGGCUGCGUUUCAGUCCCGACUGUCGCAAUCUCGUGUCCGCCAGCGGGGACGGCUGCAUAUUCGUGUGGCGCGUACCACGGGACAUGGUCGUCACUAUGCAGGCGCGUCUCGCUCAGCAAGCGAUGCGAGCUGGAAAGAGGCCGCCCCAAGUGAACGGCACUGGGAUCGACAUACAACUGGACAACGAAACGUUCGGGUCGCCACCGCCGGAGUUUCUGGAUCCAAACGCGAACCCAACGUCGCCGCAGAACGUCGGAGGCGUGGAUUACAGGUUCAGCGUAGGCCAAUUACCCCUCUGGGCGAAGAAGCAGAUAAACACGGCGAACGCGGACGAAAGCGGUGUCCUUGGUUCGAACGCGAGACCGCUUGGAGUCGAUUUGCCGAAGGGGAGAUGGGCGCAAAGGGUUCAGCAAGGCGACGGCAUAACCGUGAAGUCCGUUUACGACAGCGAUGAGGUGAUACCGUUUCCUCCGCCUCGCGGUGCCAUCGAUUCUGACGGCGGCGGCGGUGGCGCCGGCUCCAAAGACAGCUCCAUCGAUAGCGGGACAGAGACCAAGUGUAGCAGCGAUUAUCGAAGAGAAACGAUGGUCAUCAAAAGGGAAGAGGACGAAACAGUGUUUCAACCUUGUCCAGAUAGUUACAGAGAAUUAGCAGAAGAAACGAAACAGGUGAUCGGUGGUAACGUGACCAUAACUAGAGGUAGCAAUGUCACGGAAUUGACACGGCAAUCAAGGAGUCGUCAUCAUACCGACGACAGCAGCCUUGGCAGCUUUAAAUUUGAGGAUCACGAGAGUACAGAGCACGAUGGAGACGUAGAGGAUUAUUCCGAGGGGGAGAAUGGUACAACCGGCUCGGAGAAAUCUCAUCAUAGGUUGAUGUAUUAUCCCCCGCCGGAAGACACAGUGUCGAAUCAGUUCACUGUAAACGCGAUGGACGUGGAGGAACUUCGAAGGUCUCAGAGGAGACAGAAGAAAUGUAGAAACGGAGAGAGCGGUCGGACGAGCGAGUUGACCGCUUCCGGUAGCCAAGACGACUCGGACUCGGAGGGUGGCGCUUCGACGCCUAGUGCCGAGCGAAAUCCUUUGUCCAUGCUGUCGGAAGCUAGUUCCGAGGGAUUCGAUCAGCUAGCCAAGCAGAGUCACCGUGAGAAGUACCUCAAAAAUGCGUUUGAAUCUCUCAGCGGUGCCGAGGAGCCUACGAACAGAAACGUGAAAGCUACCAGUAUCAGCUCCCAGUUUCACGGAAGACUCAGCGGUGGCGGUGACAACGGAAGCAACAAGGUUCGCAACAACGUGGCAGUGGUGGCGAGUGCGACGAAGCAAGCCAGGGGUGACUUGGACGUUGUGAAGAAACGCGAAGAGUUGCAGAGGAGAAUAGAGGAAACCAGAAGAAAACUGCAAAGCGUUGGUUACAAAUCGUCGUUAAAGACCAGUCAAAGCAUAUCGGACUUGAGCAGCCACAUACCGGAGAAACAUCAUCGUUCGAGUAGAUUGAGCACAGGUAACAAAUCCGGUCAGCAAACUCAGUACUCGAAACCGAUUAACCCCUGUAAACCCAUACCGAAUCCAAAGCCCCAGUUAAAACCUCAACAGCUCGCUAACAAAAUAUCGAGUGUGGUGGGUAAUGCGCUACCUAAGCUAGAUAUUCCGACUGAACGUUGCUUAUCCAAAAGUCCGACUACGUCGUGCAUUACUGACAAGACAAAGCCGUCUCUCAGUCGGCCGUUAACGUUGACCCUAAAAAAAACUGAAAAGUAUAAGCUAUCGCUGAACAAACCGAAUCAAUCGUUGCCGGAGUCGCCGGUGUGCGAGGAGCUGAAGCUCCUGAAGGAACAGUGUAGGAAGAACGUUAGCCGGUUCGCGAGGUUCGCGCAGAAGAGGAGAUCGUGCAGCUACUUCAUCGGGCUCGACGAUAACGAGGAGGACAUGGAGAACAUAGCCAAGUCUUUCGAGAGUUUGCCGGCUAUGAACGAGCGGAACAUUGAGAGCCUGAACGACCCGAUGGACGACGGUGGGGACGACGGUAACGGGAACUUCAGCGACGAUUCUCUAGAGGGUGACUUCAAGAAUCCACCUCGACGAUGCGUCAGCGACUAUCAGAUAAACGUCCACGUCGAUCAUCAGCAAGGCACGCAACAGAGGAGCUUCGCGACGUAUCAGGCCAGCUUCCCAUCCAAGCGAAUUCUCACCGGAUCUCAAGAGAGUAUCCUCUCCGACGCCUCGGUCGAGUCCUUCUCGAAGGGGAGCGCUGAAAUUUUAGACUACAGCCACUACGACAACGACCGACACUCGAGCGCGAGCUUCUUCCUGUCUCGUCGUAAGAUGCAGGCCGGCCGGAGCCACGAGAGCAUUCUGACGGACGAGUCUGACUAUCAGAUGUUCCCGCUGCACGAGAACAUCGAUCAUCGGAGCACCGAGAGCGUGCUGACCGACGACUCGGACUCGCUGGUGAAGUCCGCGCCGCUGGAGAUGCUGUUCGAUUCCCACUACAAGCGAAAGAGGCAGAACUCGGAGACGUACAGCGGCAAUCCGAACAACGCCGCGAUGCAGUCGAGCAACGCCGACGAAAACCCUGACAACGACCUGACCUCUUGCCGGGCGGUGUUCAGGUCGAAGUCGCUGCAGGACACGCGGAUAAGCCAGGCGAGGAACGAGAAGAACAGCUACUGCUCGGAGAGCAACGCGCAGCCGGCGACGUGCAUCUAUUACGAAUUCAACUUCAACGAUCAAAGCGACGGGAACGUCGAGAUGCGUAUCGGAACGAAAUCGGACACAAUGUCGCGAAGCAACAGCCUGAAGGUGCCGAAGGAGCCGCAGUCGAUGCUGAUCCUGAACGAUUUCGUGGCUCACAAGCCGCCAAAGCCCAAGCGGAACUCCGCUCGGACGCAGAGCAUGCGAAACAGAGCACGGCCCGCGUGGAACAAGUACGUGGACUCGUCGUCGAACACGCCUCAGUCCUCUCGCGUGAAGUCCGAUCUGGACGAGCGAGCAGUAAGAACAACCGACGCUGAAACGAAGCCCGAUAACGGUAAUGAAUCUCUGCACGCUUCGAAAGGAAGGAUCGAGCAGCUGUUACAGUCGUCCGGCUACUCUCUACAGCCGAGCGAGGACAAAGACUUGAAAAACAAGUUUUACAGUCUACAGGCUCGCCGAAGCUCCGAUAAAGGUCCUUCGUCGGUGUACGACGCUGGCGGCCCGAUAGACAACUUCGCCUUUGAUCCGAGCGAUCCCUCCAUUGGCCAAACCAAGGGCUAUCGAGCGAGCGAGGACCAAACGGACUCCUCCCGCGCGGAGAGGGAUCAACGCUGUUGCUUCGAGAAUCAAAUACCAACGAAGGACACGCAGCAGGAGACUUACGACUCUCUGGAGCCUAACGUUACUUGCCAUGACUUGCAAGCGGCAACCGGAAUGCAAAACGCCUCGAAUCUACUGACGACGAACGAACGAAUCGACAAUCUGGACGCGAGCGUCGACCUAAGGAUCACCCGAGCCAUCGAGGGAACCGUGAAGCUGCUCUCCAAGGAAUUCGAGAACUUGGUCAGACGGGAGCAGUACUUCAUGAAGGAGAAGUGCCUGCGGAUGUCGCAUUGCCAGGAAACCGGCGAGAACGUAGCCAAGCUGGAGGCAGAGAGGGACGGCCGAGGGUUCUGUUCCCUGAGGCGGGACAUAAGGUUCCACUCCGGGGGCGAGGACAGCGAUUGCGCGGACACGUCCGCGAUGGACAAGUCGAUGAUGGAGAGCGGCUCCUCCACGUCCGCCUCGAGCUGCACGAACUCGCCGAAGAGAAUGUGGCCGCCGGCCUCGCGGUGUCACAGCCACAUGAAAUGGACUAAAACAUUGCCAACCAUUAACCAAGUCAUACUACCAUCCAAGCAUCUGUACGCAGUUUCAGGAAAAGUAGGUAAAAGCGCGAAUGUUUCGACGAGAAGUGGACUAGGAAGUGUAAACAGUGGAAAUCAAUCACGACAUGGCUCGACGAAGAAUCAUUCCUCUCAUAUGACAAGGAGUAGCAGCGUUGGCGUUUUAAAUCAGAGCGAUUCCGAGUCUGAUGUCGGAGCAGGGAACAACAGCAGGGGUUGGAACAGUCAAGCAGGAAGUAACAGAAUCAGCGGGCUGAUGAGGCCGACAAUCAGUUCGCAAAAUAAGAUCAAUCAUCAGGCCAAGUCAAACUCCUCUUCUAACAGUAACUUCCCUUCCGUUCUUCGAAGGAGAGGCAUGCAAGGGGCAUAUUCAAGUGUGAAUCUAAGUCAAGUGGGUAAUCAAGAGGAUUCCAGCUCGGAAGACACCUCUUCCAAUGGGAAUGGUGGAAAACCAGCGCUUCCGCCGAGACCUCGAAGCAUCAGUAUCGAUCACUCUGCCGCGAGCUUGAGUUUACCUGGCGCGACAGUGAGGCGGUCAGGAUCAACGACCAUCAUAACUAACGGUCGUAACGGAAAUAGCACGAUAGGACAAAGCGCGACUCGGAUGACGGCAACAAGUCGCAAUCAGUUAGAUCCAAGCCCUCAAGAACUUCCAGUUAAAGACACUGAUCGUGCCAUUGAUGUAGCCAGUGCUGAAUUAGGCACGGACAAAACAUUAGUGUCAACGCAGCUGUGCAACACGAUCGCGGACGAAUUAACACGAACGGCGGACAACGUCGUGCAGCUGUACAAACGUUUGACGAUAGAUAACGAGGAUGAUCCGUCCCGAGCGAGCAUCGACAGGGAUACGAUGCUGCGCGGCCUCGAAUCGUCCGUGAACGAGACGAUGCGCACACUGCGGCUGGUGGUUUCGGGCGGCGAGGGCCACGAGGGCUCGACAAACACCGAGAACGUAACGAUGAACGAGGCAACCGCCAAGUUCCAAGAGCUGCUCGCUGGCCAAGACCAGGGGAAAGUGGUCAACAUGAUGCAGCAGUACUCCGAGCUGCUGCUGAACAUGAUGCAACAGAGAAUGGGAGGGACGCAGCCAGGCCAUACGUAAAAAUCCGUCCAGUUCACCGAAGAGAAGGAAACGAACGAUCGGGACGAUCAGCGGUUGCACACGGUGCCCCUUCCAUGUACCGUUUUAUGCACCGACAUGAAACAAAAAAAAAAAAAGAAAAGAACAAACUACGCCAGUCUCUCAGUCAUGCUAAAAGUGUGCCAAAAAGGUACGCAGACGUUUCAAGAUACUGACUUUGAAAUGAACCUGUCUUGAAUUUCUCGCCAUUUCCGCGAGUAGAUCGAAGAUCCGAGUAACGAACUAUUUUUUUAUUAACACAUUACGGGAGGGACGAUCGUUGCAUUUCGUUGUGAACGUUGCUGCUGCUGCAAAGUUGACGGCUCAGCGAAAGGAAUUGGGUCGUUCAAAAGUCAAUAUAUCGUUCUUUUCUUUUUUUUUUUCCUUUUUUUUUCCUCUCUUUUUUUUCUUUUCUGGGAAGCAACGAUUUCUUGCGUUUUCGACUCGAGUUGGAGUUCCCGCCUCCGCGUACUGGAGGAUGGUGUGUUUCUAGCCAAAGUUAAUAGAAUAUUUAUCAUCGAUUUUCGUGCGACCAAAUAUUAAACGGGCUAAUUUAGAGACAACUG